CCAAAACUAACAAAAAAUGGAAGCUAUUUCUUUAGUUACAGUGUUCCUCCUUUUCCUCUCCUUCACAACAAGAGGAGUCUCCGCCAGGCCCAGCCUUGGCGUUCUCCCUCCUGCAGUCGUUGAUAGCUCGGGAAACGAACUCCUAAAGGGCAAAUACUAUGAUUUGUUGGCUUGGCCUAAUGCUCCAAUUGCAACACUGUACGUCUCCACCAUUUCACCACUCGUAGAAAGAAAUGGAACCUGUUGGGUUCAACACAAAGUCGAAUUAUUUACGAUCGCGACACCGAGUCUUCCGGUAAAAUUCUUCCCUAUCCCACCGGACCAAGAAGACGAAGUUAUCCGAGAGUCCACAUUUCUCAACAUCCAAUUCUCUGACGCCGCUGUAUCACACGUAUGUGGCGACUCAUUGUGGAAGGUUAUUAAUCGUCCCGACCAAGUUUUCGGACAACAAUUUGUGGUUGUUGGUGACAACUCGGGCUUCACCAGGCCCGGUUGGUUUAAAUUUGAAAGAAACUCCGAACAUCCUCGGCGUGAUUACAAGCUUCUAUGGUGCCCUGUCUAUGUGUUGGAUCAAUCUGUGCGCUCAUCAGAUGAUUGCCAAACCAUUGGAAUCUUUGCUGAUAGCGAUGGAAUUGAGCGUCUGUCUCUGGCUGAUACUUCGGUGCCAUUUGCAUUCAGGGCCUCCGCAGAACCACAGAGUGAUCAGUACUUGAAAAUGAGUACUUCUAAUGCUUAAUUUUCAAAAUGAAACUUUGCUUCUUCCGUGUUGUAAUGCAUCUAAUAUCAUUAGAUUUAGAUGCUAACUAUGUAUGUACCUAAAAUAAUGAAUUACUAAAUAAGGAAGAAGGUGGUCUUUUAGUGUUAAACUAAACAUUAUUGAUGUGUGAUA